ACUAGGCCUCCCGGAAGUGAUUUCUCGGAAGGAGCAUGGCCGCUGCGUUCAUCUGAGUUCUGCUCGCCCCCCAGCACACCAUGCAGUCAGAUGAUGUAAUCUGGGAUACAUUAGGAAACAAGCAAUUUUGUUCCUUCAAAAUAAGAACCAAGACCCAGGGCUUUUGCAGAAAUGAAUACAAUCUGACUGGAUUAUGUAAUCGGUCAUCCUGUCCCCUAGCUAACAGCCAGUAUGCUACUAUCAAAGAAGAGAAAGGACAGUGCUACCUAUAUAUGAAGGUUAUAGAACGAGCAGCUUUUCCUAGGCGUCUCUGGGAACGGGUCCGGCUUAAUAAAAAUUAUGAGAAAGCACUGGAGCAAAUAGAUGAAAAUCUGAUUUACUGGCCCCGUUUCAUUCGACACAAAUGUAAACAGAGAUUCACCAAGAUUACACAGUACUUAAUUCGAAUUCGCAAACUUACACUAAAGCGACAGAAGAAACUUGUUCCUUUGAGUAAGAAAGUAGAGCGGAGGGAAAAAAGAAGAGAGGAAAAGGCAUUAAUAGCUGCUCAGCUGGACAAUGCCAUUGAAAAGGAAUUGCUGGAGAGAUUGAAACAAGAUACGUACGGUGACAUCUACAACUUCCCCAUUCAUGCCUUUGACAAGGCCCUGGAACAGCAAGAUGCAGAAAGUGACUCCUCAGAUGAUGAGGAAAAAGAUGAUGAAGAUGAUGAAGAUAUGGGAAAAAGAGAGUUUGUGGAAGAUGAUGAAAUGGAUGAGAGUGACAUAAGUGAUUUUGAGGAUAUGGACAAACUGGAUGUCAGCAGUGAUGACGAUCAGGAUGAUAAAUCCUAUGAAGAGGAGAAGGCCCUUACUGCCAAACACAAAGGCAAAACACCCUUGAAAGGCCCUUCACAAAGAAAACGUGCCUACGUAGAGAUAGAAUAUGAACAAGAGACUGAGCCAGUGGCCAAGGCCAAAACUACGUGAUUUCCUUUUAGACAUUUAUAAACAGGACUGAACAUUUUGAACAGCUUCUUUCAUUUGUCUUACAUACACACCUCCAGUUUUUGCUCUGUUUGUAUUUAACACAAUAUUUGUGGGAUUUUUUUUUUUUUUUUUUAAUAUUUAUGCUACUUAUAGGGCAAGAAAUCCGGGAGUGGAAGAAAGAACUUUGUUUUGAACAGAGUAUUUUUAUAACAUUGGCAUAUGUAUUAAAAGUUAACAGCUUAAAAAAAAAAAAAAGUUAACAGCUUAAGCCCAACAAGUUUAACAGAUGAAUUUGUGGGUGUAAAUAUUUUUAAACUUUAAAUGCUACUCAAUAUGUUUCCUUGCUGUAUGCCCCCCAACUAUAUUUAGAAAUGUUCAGACUUCUCCUUUUCCUACUAAAAUAAAUAAAAGAAUAAAAGGAGGAAAAGGAUCUUCAAAGUUAUAGUGGUUAGUGUAAAAAUACCUCUUUCCUUAAAUAAUUCCAUUUAUACAAUUGGAAUGGAAAAGUCUUUUCCUCUUUAGGGAAGUGGUA